AUGACGUGGAAUGUUCAGGGAGCGGGAAACAAAUUAGCUUCGAUUCGCGAGCUAAUUAGAAUCAAUGAUCAAACCAUCUUAGCCUUAGUUGAAACUCACUUGAGUGGAGAGCAAGCACAGAAGAUUUGUGAUAGAAUUGGCUUCUCGGGUCAAACUAGAGUAGAAGCACAAGGUUUUAGUGGUGGGAUUUGGCUGUUUUGGAGGAAUGAAUUGGUUACUGUAAAUGUCCUAGAUGAAAGCACCCAACAUAUCACUAUUGAAAUUGACAAAAGAGGAGAAGAGCCUUGGUUUUUCUCGGCUAUUUAUGCCAGUCCCGACUCGAGUACUAGAAAAGAACUAUGGAGACAGUUGGAAAAUAUUAGAAGAUCCCUUCAUGGCCCGUGGAUCUUGGCAGGGGACUUUAAUGACACAACUUCAAUGACCGAGAGAAGUGGGGUUGGAGGAACGGAGAUGCAAAAACGAUGUGCUGAAUUUAGUGAUCGGAUUGACUCGAAUAAUCUUAUCAAUCUCGGCUGCUCAGGCCCUGCUCAUACAUGGAGUAGAGGCUAUCUGCAAUAA